AUGGGUCUGGAAACACCCGAAAAACCCGCAGUCAAGGUUGACCCUUUCGCAAAGCUGCCUACUUCGAAACGUCUCAAUGUGAUUGAAGAGUUUGAAAAACGUGCACAAGCAAAGCCAACGCUCAAUGUCUGUAUCGUGGGUCACGUCGAUUCAGGAAAAUCGACCACUGUUGGGCAUUUGAUGUACCUUACAGAUACAGUGAACCAGCGUAGUAUGCGCAAACUCGAGCAUGAAUCGCAAAAGAUUGGGAAAGGGUCAUUUGCAUUUGCUUGGGCAUUGGAUGAAACAGAAGAAGAAAGAAAUCGUGGGGUGACGAUGGAUAUUGGUACUGCUCACUUUGAGACAGAGCAUUAUCGCUUUUGUAUAUUAGAUGCUCCAGGGCAUCGAGAUUUUAUACCGAAUAUGAUCUCUGGUACGGCACAAGCAGAUGCAGCAGUGCUUGUUGUGGAUGGAUCCACGAACGCAUUUGAAUCUGGUUUUGACGCUGGCGGUCAAACGAAAGAACAUGCCAUUUUAGCAAGGAGCUUGGGUAUCCAAACGCUUAUAGUUGCUAUCAAUAAGAUGGAUAUGGUUCAAUGGUCUCAGGAACGUUUUGAGGAAAUUAAAGAAAAGCUGGGUGCAUAUUUAUAUCAACUUGGCUUCAAGCAAUCAAACGUCGCGUUCGUUCCUAUAUCUGGUUUUCAUGGUGUCAAUUUGUACGACAACAAAGAACCUGCAUUGACUCAAUGGUAUCAUGGCCCUACAUUGACUGAGCAACUCGAUAGACUUCCACCUUCUAUUCGUGCGGUAGAAAAACCUCUUAGAAUGCGUGUAACUGAUUUCUUUAAGGGCGGCGUUGGCGGUAGUGGUGGUGUGUCUGUCGCCGGUAAUAUUGAAGCAGGCAGCAUUCAAGUCGGUGAACAAGUGUUGGUGGUUCCUGGAAACGAAGUAGGAUAUGUUAAGACUUUAUUGGUAAAUGAUGAAUCAGCACAGUGGGCAGUUGCCGGUGAUUCAGUUCUGCUGACUCUCAGUAAUUUAGAUAUUUUGAAUUUGAGCAAUGGCUGUAUGAUUUGUUCCGGAUCAAAUCCAGUACCAUUAACGUCCUUAUUUAGAGUACAAAUCGUUGUUUUUGAUAUUCGUAUUCCUAUCACACCUGGAUAUCCUGUUAUCUUACAUCAUGGUAGUUUGGAUGAGCCUGCUUCAAUAACAAAGCUUAUUUCUAUAAUCGAUAAAGCUACAGGCGAAGUGAAGAAGAAGAAUCCCCGUUGCAUUACAAGAAAUAUGACUGCAACGGUCGAAGUUCAAAUGAGUCAACGUGCUAUUCCUUUAGAGACAUUCAAAGACAAUAAACAAUUAGGCCGUAUUGUUUUACGUAGAGGCGGCGAUACAGUGGCUGCGGGUGUUGUAACAGAGAUUUUAACAUACGGUUCUUAG